AUGUCGAUGAAUAGUAUCUGUACCUUGAAGGGGUCAACAGUGGAGCUGUCCUGCUCCUACACAUAUCCCAGAGGUUAUACAGUCACGACAACCAAAUGGUAUAAAUGGAAGAAUUCGAUCUGGACUGAAAUCCAAGAUAAAUAUGAGGAUCGUAUAGAGUACCGUGGGAACAAGGAGAAUGACUGCACCCUGAGAAUCACAGACCUGAGAGAAGAGGACUCAGCUGAGUACAAGUUCAUAUUCAACACACAUACAUCAAGAUGGGGAUACAGCUUGACUGGAACAACUCUGACUGUCACAGACCUGCAGGUGGAGGUGACUCUUGCCACAGAGGCAGGAAGGAGGACCCUGACCUGUACCACCACCUGUACUCUGAGUGACAACCCCAACCCCACCUUCAUCUGGUACAAGAACGGACAACAUCUAGAUGAGAGCACCUACAAGGUCAAAUACUCAGUCUCCAGUAACUAUGAAGACAGCUACUCCUGUGCUGUAAAAGGCCAUGAGGAUCUCCGGUCUCCUGCAGUCUGUGAGUGUGGAUUAAACCCUGACAAAGCCUGUGUCCAGGGUCAGGACUGCAACAGAGUGACUUACACCAAGAGGAGAAUCUGUGUCUUGAAGGGGUCAUCAGUGGACAUAUCAUGUACUUAUGGCAGCGGUUAUGAUACCGUCACAUCAUCACUCUGGUUUAGUCCUAAACAGAGUGCUAGGUGGAGUGAUAAGUUGAUCCCUGAGGACAUAACCACAGACCCAGGGUAUGCAGGUCGUGUGGAGUAUGGUGGAGAGAAGGAGAGAGGUCACUCCACCCUGAGAAUCACAGAUCUGAGAGAAGAGGACUCAGCUGAGUACAAGUUCAUAUUCAACACACAUACAUCAAGAUGGGGAUACAGCUUCACUGGAACAACUCUGACUGUCACAGACCUGCAGGUGAAGGUGACCACUACAUGGUGGUCAACGACACUGACCUGUAGCACCACCUGUACUCUGACUGACAACCCCAACCCCACCUACAUCUGGUACAGGAACAGUAAGAUUGUACAAGAGGACUCCUCCCCCUCAUACUCAGUCUACUUAAAAACUGAAGACAGCUUCUACUGUGCUGUAAAAGGCAUCAAUUCUCCUGCAGUGUAUGUUGGGGGUCACAGUUAUUUCCACGUGACUUACACCCAUCAGAGUAUCUGUACCUUGAAGGGGUCAUCUGUGGACAUAUCCUGCUCUUAUACAUAUCCCAGUGGUCAUAGAGUCUCCGAAACAAACUGGUAUACAAAAGGAAAACUUGAUGAGGCGCCACAAAUCCUGAGCCCGGGGUAUGGAGGUCGUGUGGAGUACCUGAGAAAUAUGCAGAGUGACUCCACCCUGAGAAUCACAGACCUGAGAGAGGAGGAUUCAGCUGAGUAUAAGUUAAGAGUCAUAACAGAUCAGACAAACUGCAUGUCACAUCUUAUCAAUACUGCAAACUAUUACUUCAUGAUAUGUGUUUUAAUCCCCUUUCAUUUAGGUCUGCAGGUGAAGGUGACUCCUGCCACUGUGACAGAGGGACAGAAGGUGACACUGACCUGUAGCACCACCACCUGUACUCUGAGUGACAACCCCAACCCCACCUACAUCUGCAGUGAGGAUGCAGGCAGAUACUCCUGUGCUGUAGAAGGCCAUGAGGAUCUCCGCUCUCCUGAAGAGACUCUCACUGUCAGAUAUGGCCCAAAGGACAGCUCAGUGUCAGUCAGUCCCUCUGGUGAAAUAGUGAAGGGCAGUUCAGUGACUCUGACCUGCAGCAGUGAUGCCAACCCACCUGUGGACAAAUACACCUGGUACAAGAAGAACAUAACCUCACCAAAAGCAUCAGGACAGAGUUACAAUAUCACUAACAUCAGCUCUGAGGACAGUGGAGAAUACUACUGUGAGGCCCGGAAUAAAAUAACAUCUAAGAACUCUACAGCUCUGAUGAUCAUUGGAGACUCUAGUCCAGUGUGUGACAACAUCUCAGGCAUGGUUAUGACCCCUACUGCAACACAGACAGCAGCCAACGUAGACCAGGAUGUUGUUCACUGCGCCAGCGUCCACUUCUCUCACUCCAAAAACCAGGAAGUCCCUCUGUACUCCACCGUCCAACUGCCUCAACCCCAGAAACAGGACGAGGAUGUCCAGUACGCUGCUGUGAAAUUCAACCGCCCCACUGCUGCCACCCAGUCCAACCUGUCCCUCUCUCCGGGGAAUGUCACUGAGACACACAUAUGGGACCUCUUCAAAACAUGUGGGGAGAUAGAGAGUAUCAGUGUUCUUCAUGAGAGAUUCUGUGCCUUCAUCAACUUAAAGAAUGCCAACAUGGCCGCUCUCGCCUUGGAGAGGCUCCAGGGGGUGGAGCUGGAGAGCACCAGGCUGGUAAUCAGGUACCCAGUCCUCAGAGAACCAACCCUAGAGGCCUCAACACCUCCUCAGCCUCCCAGUACGCCUCCUCAGGACCUGCAGGUGGAGGUGACUGCUGCCAAAGAGGCAGAAAGGAGGACACUGACCUGUAUCACCACCUGUACUCUGAGUGACAACCCCAACCCCACCUACAUCUGGUACAAGAACGGACACUAUGUAAAGGAGGACUCAUCCAGCUUGUACUCAGACAACUUUAGUGAUAAAGACAGUUACUCCUGUGCUGUAAAAGGCCAUGCGGAUCUCCACUCUCCUGAAGAGACUCUCACUGUCAGAUAUGGCCCAAAGGACAGCUCAGUGUCAGUCAGUCCCUCUGGCGAAAUAGUGGAGGGCAGUUCAGUGACUCUGACCUGCAGCGGUGAUGCCAACCCACCUGUGGACAAAUACACCUGGUACAAGAAGAACAUAACCUCACCAAAAGCAUCAGGACAGAGUUACAAUAUCACUAACAUCAGCUCUGAGGACAGUGGAGAAUACUACUGUGAGGCUGAGAAUACAAUAGCAUCUAAGAACUCUACAGCUCUGAUGAUCAUUGUGACUCCUGCCACUGUGACAGAGGGACAGAAGGUGACACUGACCUGUAGCACCACCACCUGUACUCUGAGUGACAACCCCAACCCCACCUACAUCUGGUACAAGAACGGACAUGUAACCAACCAAUCUAACAGUCUGUUCCUAAACCCAGUCAGCAGUGAGGAUGCAGUCAGAUACUCCUGUGCUGUAGAAGGCCAUGAGGAUCUCCACUCUCCUGAAGAGACUCUCACUGUCAGAUAUGGCCCAAAGGACAGCUCAGUGUCAGUCAGUCCCUCUGGCGAAAUAGUGGAGGGCAGUUCAGUGACUCUGACCUGCAGCAGUGAUGCCAACCCACCUGUGGACAAAUACACCUGGUACAAGAAGAACAUAACCUCACCAAAAGCAUCAGGACAGAGUUACAAUAUCACUAACAUCAGCUCUGAGGAAAGUGGAGAAUACUACUGUGAGGCCGGGAAUAAAAUAGCAUCUAAGAACUCUACAGCUCUGAUGAUCAUUGUAGCAGGGAAACAAACCUCAGUUAUGACUACAGCUGUUGGAAUCAUAGUGGUUGUUCUGGUUCUCAUCCUCUGUCUCUCUGGACUCAUGUGGUUCAGGAAGAAGGCCUCCAAAUCCACCUCUGACACAAGAGACACAAGUGAUAUAGCAGAAAAUGGACAGGGAGACUCUAGUCCAGUGUAUGACAACAUCUCAGGCAUGGUCAUGACCCCUACUGCAACACAGACAGCAGCCAACGUAGACCAGGAUGUUGUUCACUACACCAGCGUCCACUUCUCUCGCUCCAAAAACCAGGAAGUCCCUCUGUACUCCACCGUCCAACUGCCUCAACCCCAGAAACAGGACGAGGAUGUCCAGUACGCUGCUGUGAAAUUCAACCGCCCCACUGCUGCCACCCAACCUGCAGCAGCACAAUCAGCUGAGGUGAUCUACUGUCAAGGCAGUCAACAAACCCAGAACCAAGAAGACCUGAACACAACAAACCCAGAACCAAGAAGACCUGAACACAACAAACCCAGAACCAAGAAGACCUGAACACAACAAACCCAGAACCAAGAAGACCUGAACUCAACAAGUUUGACAAAAACCCAUAUAUUCAAAAUAAGUGCCAUAAAGCUUGAGGGGGUGUGGAAUAUUGGCCAUUAUAAACUGAGUGGUUUAUACCACGGCUAAGGGCUGUUCUUGACACAAAGCGGAUAUGCCGUCGUAUAUUGGCCUGAUUGCUAUUAGAAACUGGUUACCAACAUAAAUAGUAUUUUUUACGCCAUACCCGUGGUAUAUUGUCUGAUAUACAGUAUUCACUUCUGAAAUGCAGUUUCAGUCAGUCAGCAUCCAAGACCCAAACUAACCAGUUUAUAAUAGUAUAUAAUAAUAUAGUUGAACAUUUUAUA